GGGUUGUUGUGUGUUCUGUGCGUGUUUUCUAAAGGCCGUUGCAUCUCACAUUCCCAACAACUUACACAUCGAAUUCUACAUGUAUUAUCAUUGCCAGAAAACCAAAGAAAGAAGUACAUGAAGCUUGUUGACAAGUUUGGGGGAGAUCAACUAGCUAGUAGGUUGGUUAUUACACUAGUAGGGUAUCCAUCCAAAGAAUCAAGAGGUAUUAGGUUGGUGUCGUGAAGAUGGACGAAUCGCUUCACCUGGAUACCCUUACGACCACUCCUCUCACGGUCGAGUUGGUGGGUACCCACGAUGACGACGACGACAGCAAAAAGACGAAUUCUAGCAGUGGUCGACAAGUGCGCGUUUCGAUUGACAAGAUCGUCCGAGAUGCCGAGACGGGAAAUACCCGUUUGGUGGUGACGCUGCCUCGCUUGGUGGACACGGCGCAUGCGGGGGGCGCCGUCGAUCUGUUGUUGGACAAAUGGAACAAUUAUUAUUUGCAGACACUUGUCAUUACGGGUGUCCGGUUUACACAGGGAGGAAUCAAUGCCAUUGCGACCUUUUUGACCAUGCAAAAUGUGCUACCCACCAUCCAGACACUGGUCUUUCAUGAUAUUAUUGGAGGCAGAAUACUACGACAAGAUGAAGAUCAUGUAUAUGCCCUCUGCAAAACAUUCCAAAAGGCUCCCAAUUUGGAAAUACUGGACUUGAGUCACAAUCUCCUGGGGGAGUAUGUAUGGGAUGCACUGGGGGCACAAACCAAACUCAAAUCAAUCUGCCUCAGUGAUGUAGAAAUGAGAGAUUCCAGUUUCCAAAAACUACAAGCCAUUGUUUUUAACUGUGGAGAGACAUUGCAAGACGUGACAAUAUCCAAUUAUUCCAGAACCGGCAUUGAAGCGUGUGAAGCACUCGAACAUUUGCUCAGUUCCUGUCGAAAUUUGAGAUCUUUUUCGUGGGAAAACAAGUUUCAGCCUGCCGAUCAUCAUACCAACAAUAAUCAUAACAACAAUUCACAGACGUCAUCACCCUCCCGCAAACCAUCUCGAGAAGGCCUCGUGCCCGUCUUGGGAUUGGCCCAACUGUCGGAAAACAUGUUCAAGAAUGAUUUUGGAGCCAUGCAUCAUUUGGAACUCACGGGAGGGACCAUUCCGGCAGCCGAUAUUGCUACCUUUUGCAAUGCCCUGGAAGGAUUUCACAAAUUGCAAACCCUAAAAGUAUCGCAAUGCGGACUCACGUCGGAAAAUAUCCAACGCAUCGUCACGGCACUGCGAUCCGCCCGACCGCCAUUGUCGUCGAUUGACUUUUCCCACAAUGAAAUUGAUUGCGAGGGAGCGUCUUGGAUUGCACAAUUAUCCUGCCUCAGAGCCGUCACGAAAAAUUUGAGACAUUUGAAUCUGGAAUACAAUCAAAUUGCGAGAAAGGGAGCUCUGGAAGUCAUUGAACGAUUUGCGUCCAAGUCAAGUGAUUUCCAUUUGAGAUUACAAGAGGGAAACCCAUUUGAUUCCAGUGCCGUCUUUUUGUCCUUGGCGUCGUCCAAACAUGCCGCCGAAACCGAACUCAAGGAUUUGCACAAGGAUUGUUUCCGGUUACGGGCCGACAAGACGGAUGCACAAAACAAUUUAAGGGAACUGCUGCAGGCACAAUCCACCAUGGUCAAUGACAUGCACGAACUAACAGCCAAAGCCAAACAACUGGAAGAGGAUAAGGAAGGACUCAUCAAGGCAUUUUCCGUUUUGGGGAUGAUGCAACAUGUACAAGAACGAGACAAUAUGUUGCAACGAAUCGCGCAAUUGGAAGAAGCGGUUCACGGGCAUGCGAAAGCGAAUGGACUGAAAAAUGGUCAUUCCAAGCCACAACGACAACCAAGUCCGACGUCACGAACGGAACCAACCUGUUUGUCCAAGAGAAAAGUCAGCAAAGCGCGUUCCAUGGACGACCAGCUCAUGUCGCCAACGGGCCGAGCCAAAAAGCCCGUCGCACAGCCACAACCGGCGGCUCCCAAAAGUCCGUCGAAUGGAUUUCCCGUGCCUCCCAAUUUGUCCGCAUCACAAACCGGAAGAUCUCCUCGGUCGGGUCGACCCACCACGGCAAGGCAUCAGCUUGUACGAGCGGCGAGCGAACGGUGGAACGCUUUGAAAUUGGAGUCCAAUACCAACAACAGCAACAAUAACAAUAACAGUGGACCGGGCAAACCAAAAUUCAAGAAAAAACCCACGCCUGUACGGUCCAAGUCCAGCAAGUCACUGGCUGAAUUCUUGAACAAGUCAGCUCCCGACGUCUUUGACAACAACAUCAAUUUCGAUGAUUCCUUCAAUCUAUUGGACGACUCGGCUCACACAACCCCUGCAGUGACGCAACAACUAAUGUCCGAGUCGUCGUCGGCAUUGGGGGAUGCGCGACGACGAAUGCGACAACAAGGCCUGUCGUCCGCUCGAAGUCUACCGCCCCGUGGCGAAUCCAAGUCACUGGGGCAUAACAACUCUGCUCUUGCCAUGAACUCGUCGUUUGGCAACAACAGCAACAACUCGUCGCUGCCAAAGUUGGAUCGAAUGAUUGAUGCCUCGACAAGUGACAGCAGCGAUUCCUUGGCGUAUCCGAAGCGAUAGUCGCAAACAUUUGGCGUACAUGCCCGCCUAUAGCUAGCAAUGCAUAAGAAGAUUAUUUUAGCAGAUAAAGGGAUUUAACUUUGGG